AUGGAUCAGUACGAGGUGCUGGAGCAGAUUGGGAAGGGCUCCUUUGGCUCUGCGCUCCUGGUGAGGCACAAGGUUGAGAAGAAGAGGUACGUCCUGAAGAAGAUCCGGCUCGCCCGUCAGACCGUCAGGUGCCGUCGAUCCGCGCACCAAGAGAUGGAGCUCAUCGCAAAAGUAAGGAGCCCUUACAUUGUGGAGUACAAAGAUUCUUGGGUGGAGAAGGGGUGCUAUGUGUGCAUCGUGAUCGGUUACUGCGAGGGAGGGGACAUGCUAGAGGCCAUUAAGAAGGCUAACGGCAACCAUUUCUCGGAGGAGUGUUCAAAUAUAUUUCUUACAAAGGACCAAAAUAUACGGAUCGGUGAUUUUGGGCUGGCCAAAGUAUUGACUUCUGACGAUUUAGCUUCGUCAGUUGUAGGAACUCCCAGUUACAUGUGCCCUGAACUUCUUGCCGACAUUCCAUAUGGCUCCAAGUCCGACAUAUGGUCGCUAGGCAAGUAUUCCUAUCUGAUAUUCAGUUACAUGUCUUGCUCCGAUCGUCGCAAUGUUCUCUUGGCUAAACAUGUGCAAUUUUCAGGAUGCUGCAUCUAUGAGAUGACUGCGCUGAAGCAUGCAUUCAAAGCAUUUGAUAUGCAGACACUGAUAAACAAGAUUAACAAGUCUGUUGUCGCCCCUCUACCGACUAUAUAUUCUGGUGCAUUUAGGGGACUCAUCAAAAGCAUGCUGCGCAGAAAUCCAGAUCACAGACCGAGUGCUGCAGAUCUGCUAAACCAUCCGCAUCUUCAGCCCUAUGUGUUGGAAAUCCAAUCGAAAUCAAGUCUGGCUCCCAAUAUGUUCCCAGCUAUACUUCCUAACAAACAUGAAAAAAACAAGACUGCGUGUUCUGAUGAUGAAGACAAUUGCAAACCCCAAUAUGUUAAGAGUCAUUCAUUUAAAAUACAUAGGAUUGUGGAACUUGACAAUGCCACCGCUAACCAUGGCCCUCCUCAGUCUACCAGAACAGCAAAAGAUUGUUCAAAACCGCUUCAUCAAGAGAUGGUUCAGUUACCAGUCCAGGUCACCAAGGAAGUUGUCAAAGAAGCGAUGCAUGAUAAACAUUCAAAAGAAACAAGAUCACCGGCACGCACUCCACGAAGGGCGUCCUCGACUCCUAGGAGACGGCUAGAACCUGCAAAAACAUUUCAUGCUAGAACAGCUCACAAAGAGGAGCAGCAGCAGCCUUCCCCAUCAAGGUCUUCAGAAGACCAGACAAUACAAGCUACACGGCGAGCAUCACUUUCCCCACACAUGUUCAAAGCUCCUGAGAAGAAGCGACUCGUCGACAUUCUUACCAGAUUGAAGUCUCCUGAUGUAUCAGUUAACGCACCUCGAAUCGACAGAAUUGCUGAAUUCCCACUGGCAUCGUCUGAAGAUCCAUUGUAUCCCAUCAUGAAGCUCUUGCCACCAUCUAUCACUGACAAAUCAAUCACCAAGGACAAAUGCACUUUCCAAGUGCUCCGAGGGGACGGUGAAAGCCACACCAACACUCGUGAUCUGAACCUGCUCAGUAUCGACAAUAAUCAACUCGGAAGUUCGUCUGAUUGGAGGCAGAAGAGGUUCGACACGACAUCCUACCGGCAGCGAGCUGAGGCUCUAGAGGGCUUGCUUGAGUUCAGUGCCCAGUUGCUCCAACAAGAGAGAUUUCAGGAGCUGGGGAUCUUGCUAAAGCCUUUUGGACCUGGGAAGGCGUCUCCAAGAGAGACAGCCAUAUGGUUGUCAAAGAGCUUCAAAGAAACGGGAUUAUAA